GCUGGAUACUGUGGAGUGUCUCGUGGCGGCGAUGCAACGAAACCGACUGAGAGCGAGCCUCCCACGAAAAACGGCAAACGGGAUUCAGUUGUUCGGGAAAGAAAAUACAGGAUUAAUAUAUAAAACAAGUUUAAUUGCGUCCCGUCUGUGUGGAAUAGUUUUCGGCUUCCAGAGGUGUGUUCGGCGUACUCAAAGUUACCAAAAAGCUGCAAAAAACUUGCGAGUGAACACUGAGACAGAAGCAUAAAGGACACACCUGUCCAUCUUCUAUCCUCUAUCUUUAAGAAAAUGUCGGUGGCAAUGCAGAUGUCAGCCACACUCAGUUAAAUGUUAGUACUACUUGAGCAGAUAUUGCUCGGCUGGCCGAAGAGGAAAAAGAAGAAAGUGGCUGCUCAAGGUGCUGGAAGAUGUCUCUCUGGAUGAUACUGCCCGUUAGCCUCCCAGUUCUGACCAUCACUGGGAUAUGGGUUGUGUACGCCAUGGCCCUGUACAAUCAACAUGUCUGCCCUGUGGAUAACUGGUUGUACAACCAAUCAUGUGAAGAGGAUCUGUAUUUGCAGAGCGGGCCAACCUUGUGCUGCACGCUAGACAAUGUACCUCUCAUAAGUAAAUGUGGGACUCUUCCCCCGGAGAGCUGCUUCUUCAGCCUGAUCUGCAGCACAGGCUCAUUCAUGGUUAUGGUGAUCGUGCUGCUCCGCUACGCCCACGUCAUUGAGAAGCACCAAAAUUGUGUUCUCAACACGGCGAGUCUCUCCACAGGCUGGAUCUGUGCCGCUGGACUCAUGAUGGUGGGCAACUUCCAGGUGGAUAAUUCCAAAGUUCUCCACUAUGUCGGAGCAGGCCUCGCCUUCCCCACCAGCAUGCUGUUUGUGUGUGUGCAGACAGCUCUGACUUACCGACUGGCCAAGACCCAGGGGGAGUACAACGUGGCCCACCUGCGGCUCUGCAUGACCCUGCUGGCCUUCGUAGCCUUGGUGCUCAGUGGCGUGUUUUUCUGUCAGGAGAGCUUCGUCCUUCAACACGCGUCGGCCAUCUUUGAAUGGUUGUUCUGCGUCAUCAUCAUGCUGUUUUACGGGACUUUUGCCUUUGAGUUUGCCGGCAUGUCAUCAGAUACCAUGGUGGUGCUGGCUCGAGGGACCCUGGGACCUGCUGGGAGAGAACACAAGGUGGAUGCACUGGGACCCCUGGGAGGGCCCCUUCCUCACUCACAGCCACACCCACACCAACCUGAAAACAUGUCCAUACUGUAGCCUGCUGGCUCACCUCGAUGCCACACAGAUGGCUUGUAUCAUCCUUUCAAACUCUGGUUGUUGAAUGAGUUUAAUUAUUCAUUUCCAGACGCGUUCGUCUGAAGCUUUGAAAUGAACCAGGCCAGUGCCGCUCAUGGCAGAGUGGAUUCUACUAUUUCAGCCCCAGGGGUGGGGAGCUAAGCUUGUAUUGUGCUCACAUCAGAGCUCGGUGUCUCAAGAACUUUGUAUUUUGCACAUUGCACAAGUGUAAAACCAGACUUCCUCCCAACUCCGUCACGUGACCAGUAAAAGAGUAUUUUAUCAAUCAGAUAAAGAAAAUGUGCUGUUCCCCUCUGAGAUAUCGAAACAUGUCUCAAUAGUGGUCUUGGACCAGUUUCACUUCUGGUGACUUCCUGAAAGCAUCAUUAUCUACGUAGAGGAGUGACGGCUGCUGGACGGCCGAGCUGACAGUGUUACAGCAGUGAGACAGAGAGAAGAGGGUGUGAGGGUGACAGCGGGAGCAAGGUCAUGCUUGUCUUUCCCACGAGAGAAUAGAUGAAUGCAAGACAUUUAAAGAAACCGUGUCAAAAAGAAAAGUAAAACAAUGUCUUAGUCAAUCCUGCAUUAAGCAAUACUCUUGUUAUACAAUUUAAAUACAUUUUAUGUCAAAAAAAUCCUUAGAAUUAACAUCAUACUCCACGCUACAUGUCUGCCUACUUCAUAUAGUUUUUUUUAAAUGAGCAUCAUCAACAAAAUGAUGUUUGAAUAGCUACUCCACUUUGUUCCUGGAUGCUUUGUGUGAUGUACUGUGUCCUUAUUUGAACCACACACAAAAGAAACAUUAGAUCUGGUGCCUCAUUAUGUCAAAACGUUAUGACUUAAAACCUAAACUGUUGUCUUAUCCCCCUUUCUGUUGGAACCUCAAAUGUAUUCAACUUCCGUUCUACCAAAGAAUAUGAAAGAAAGAUGAUACAGUGUCCAGAGGCCAAAGACGUACCAGCUAAUUCAAGCCAGAGCACUGGGUUUAUUGAGUUUAGUGAGCCGGCUUCACACAUGUUCCCAGCUCCUAGGAGCGCAGGUCUGCAUCUCAUUACUCCCCAACAAGGAGAAGCAGCACACUGUCACUGCCUUAUGGACAAAGGGAAGAAAGAAGGGUUUGUAAUGUUACGGAGAUGUUCCGUUCUGCUUCAUUGUUACUUUACAGCAGAAUAAGCCAAAUAUCACUUUGCCUGUGGCAUUGGUGCUAAAACACACAGGGCCUUAUCUUGAUGUUUUUCCCUGAGUUUAUCUGCGUUUAUGUUAACGUCUGAUGAAAGAAAGCUAUAGGAUGGUUAUAGGAUGGUUAUAGACAUGGUUAUAGACGUCGACUGCUUAUAGUGGAGAAGCAGGGACAGGAGGUAGCCUGCUUGUGAGUGCCAGGAAUACCAAAACAGAUAUAGCUACAUUUAGAUAUGGCUCCCUGCUAAUUGAUCAUUGAUAAUUGUAUAUUUUUUUAUUUUAUUUGAGCCCCAAAAUCAUAUUUUUUAAGAUUUUCAAAUUUAGUUUUGUAUUCAAUGUCUUUCUCUGACAUGCUGUGAUGGGCUGUAAUACAGAGUAAGGAUUACUGUUUAUAUUUUGGGGAAAUGUUCAACAUCUCAGUUUAAAAUGAACACACUCUGAGCUCUCUGGUGAAAAACCUGAGCAAGCAGAGGGUUUACAGUGAUAGUCAGUUAGUAGGCGUUGUCAAAAUAUCAAACCCUCAAACCACAACCGGACACAUGUUGGAGCCAGUAUUUUGGAUGUUAGUGUUUUAGCUGCUCAAAAGCCCAGUAUUCAAACCGCUUUACAUCGUGUCGCAGAAUGACUGAAUAUGAAUACUGUCACAAAGACUGAAGUGGAAAGCUUGUUCACGCUGCUACAGACACACCUGUGAUCUCUUGCUUCUCCCUACUGGUCAAACUGCUUAUUGCAGGUGUUGGACCAGAGCUGUAAUGUUGUUGCUCCGCUCACAGGAGGUCUUGUUCUCUACUUGUAACAUUUUCCACAUUCAAUCACCUCAAGGUUCAUGCCAAAUCAGCGCUUGUAUUACUUUUACAUUUGCAGUGGAGCAAAUUCUUGAAGAGCACUUGAACUGGGCCUGUUCUUUAAUUCAGCAGCGAUCUUCAGUUGUCUACCAGGUAUUACUUUGAAGUCAAACUUGACCAUGUGACACUAGUUUUGCAAUAUGCAUUCUUUUAAGUAAGUGUUAUUGUCAAAUGAUGGUGCUGCUCAUGUUGCUCUAGCAGGAAACAUUUUCAUUACACAUUAAUUAGAUGUGAUUAGAGUAGCAAACUCUACAAAAGCCCUUGUUUGGAUUUGAACACUACAAAAAUCUCUUUUCUAAAAUGUUCCUUAAGACUGAUUGUCAUUUUGCAUCCUCUUCUUUCAAUGUCAUACUCUUCUUUCUGUCCUUGCUCCUUCUCAUUUACUGAUCUGUCUGAACUUUGCACUCAGGAAAGCGCUACGACACCAGCUGCAUUGUUUGAUUCACAGAAUGAACUCUUGCUUGCUUCUGCCUUCUGUUCUUUUGGUUGUUUAACGCAUUUGUUCUAGGACUAUUUGUUAUGUUUAUAUAUGUUGUGUUAUAUAGGUGGUUAGCCACGAUUUAAUCGAUUAUUUUUGUUAAUCAAGACUCAAGUUAAGCUUCAAAAUAAACAUUCCUGUAUAGUAAGCUUUUGAGAAUGCUUAUGCUGCUCAUGAUGGUUAAAGAUCUGCAAGAAAAACUCACCCGUGUAAUCAGUAAUCAUAGGUGAGACUUUUCUGACAAACUAGCAUCUGUAAAGCUCACAGAAAUCUGUUACUCAAUACUGUUGAAAUGCAAAAUGCUCCCUAUGUGCCUUUAUAUAUUAUUUUGAUAAUGAAAACCAAAGAGGUUUAGGUUGUAAAUUCUAUUUUGAUGAAAAGUCAUGAUUGUAUAUAUAUGCCUUAAUGUUCAACAAAUAAAAAUGUUCCAAAA